AUGCGCCCGCAACUCAAGCACCCCAUCCGCGUGCUCGUGAGCCGCGCGGCGUCGUCGACGUCGCACGCGCUCGACAGCAGCGGCUACUCCAUCGCGUCCCUCUUCUCGGAAGCCUCGACGUCGAAGAGCUUUCCCGACGCGGAGCUCGCGGCGCGUCUCGCCGAGCUCAAGGCCUGGGACGACCUCCCCGCGGCGCGCACGCCGCCGCCGCUGCCGCCGCUCGAGGCCGCGCGCCUCCGCCUCCGCGACCGCUUCGCCGCGAACUUCGUGCCCGAGCUCGAAGCCGUCGCCGAGGCGCGCGCGGCCGCGCCGGCCCGGCCGGACUACGCCGCGCCGGCGCGCGCCCGCCUCCGCGAGACGUUCCUCGCCAAGUUCCCCGUCGCCGACGCCGCCGCGCCCGAGGCCGCCGCGCCGCCGCCGCCGGCCCGCGCCGACCACAGCGCCGCGGCGCGCGAGCGCCUCCGCGCGCGCUUCCUCGCCAAGUUCGGCCCCGAGCUCUGA